GUGUUCGCAGCCGUCGCCGCGCCGCCGCCACUCUCUAACGCCAGCGCCGCCUCUCGCUCGCCGAGCUCCAGCCCAAGGAGAAGGGGGGUAAGUAAGGAGGUGCCCUUACCAUGGCUCGUACAAAGCAGACUGCCCGCAAAUCCACCGGUGGUAAAGCACCCAGGAAACAACUGGCUACAAAAGCCGCUCGCAAGAGUGCGCCCUCCACUGGAGGGGUGAAGAAACCUCAUCGUUACAGGCCUGGUACUGUGGCACUCCGUGAAAUCAGACGCUAUCAGAAGUCCACUGAACUUCUCAUUCGCAAGCUCCCCUUCCAGCGUCUGGUACGAGAAAUUGCUCAGGACUUCAAAACAGAUCUGCGCUUCCAGAGUGCAGCUAUUGGUGCUUUGCAGGAGGCAAGUGAGGCCUAUCUAGUUGGCCUUUUUGAAGAUACCAACCUGUGUGCUAUCCAUGCCAAACGUGUAACAAUUAUGCCAAAAGAUAUCCAGCUAGCACGCCGCAUACGCGGAGAGCGUGCUUAAGAGUCCACUAUGAGGGGAAACAUUUCAUUCUCAAAAAAAAAAAAAAAAAUUUUUUUCCUCUUCUUCCUGUUAUCAGUAGUUCUGAAUGUUAGAUAUUUUUUCCACGGGGUCAAAAGGUACCUAAGUAUAUGAUUGCGAGUGGAAAAAUAGGGGACAGAAAUCAGGUAUUGGCAGUUUUUCCAUUUUCAUUUGUGUGUGAAUUUUUAAUAUAAAUGCAAGAUGUAAAGCAUUAAUGCAAGCAAAAUGUUUCAGUGAACACAUUUCAACAGUUCAACUUUAUAACAAUUAUAAAUAAACCUGUUAAAAUUUUCUGGACAA